GAAAUGAAUUGCUAUGAAAAUAUGGCCACAUUUAAGAGCUAUAUAAAAGGUUUUGUGAAAAAAGUGGUUGAUUAUAUGGCAGAGAAGGGUAGAAGUGACACUGAAAUCAGUGAAUUUAAAAAAAAGGUGCAGGCAUGGGUUGCUUCACUUCUGACCAAGGAUCGUUUCAAAAAACUGCAAUUUUUCAUCGGAGAAAGGAUGGCUGAAGGACAAGGUGAGGGACAAGUUGCAAUUGUAGAAUAUAGGGAUGAGGAUGAAGGUGAAGUGCCUUAUCUUAUGUUAAUUAAAGAGGCUGUGAUAGAAGAAAAACAGUGA